GAAACAGAAACCCUACGACAUUUCACAACUUCAAAGCAACAUUCCUAUUCCCCUCUCCCCCCAUUUCUCUCUCUACAAGAAAGUGUCUGUUAAGUCAUUCCUCUCUCUAUCUCUGAUUUUCACUCUCUAGAAAUAGGAAGGAGUAGGGUUCAGUUCUCACUCUACAUUCGCUACUGUUUCGACCAUGGCGGCAGAGAGUUCUAGAUCUAGUUCAUCGGCCGAUUCGUACAUCGGAAGCUUGAUUAGCUUGACAUCGAAGAGUGAAAUCAGAUACGAGGGCGUCUUGUACAGCAUCAACACUGAAGAGUCCAGUAUCGGAUUGCGAGAUGUAAGAUCAUUCGGGACAGAAGGUCGUAAGAAAGAUGGUCCACAAGUUCCUCCUAGUGACAAGGUUUUUGAAUACAUACUGUUCCGUGGAAGUGACAUCAAGGAUUUACAGGUUAAAUCUUCUCCACCUGUUCAGACUACAUCAGCGAUAAACAGUGACCCAGCUAUUAUUCAGUCUCACUAUCCUCAUCCAGCUUCCACAUCCUCAAGCUUGCCUUAUGCAGUUAGUGGGUCUCUGACAGAUCUUAAUUCCCAGACUUCACAGUUAGGACACCCAGUUUCAACUUUCCAAGGUGGUCUGCCUUUAUAUCAACCUGGAGGGAACCUGGGUUCAUGGGGACCUUCUCCUCCUCCUCCAAGUGCAAAUGGUAGUGGUCUUGCUAUGCCAAUGUAUUGGCAAGGAUACUAUGGCCCUCCAAAUGGUCUUCCUCACUUGCACCAGCAGCCUCUGCUUCGGCCACCACCUGGGCUGUCAAUCCCUCCUCCCAUGCAGCAACCAAUGCAGUAUCCUGGAUUUAACGCAUCUUUGCCAACUGGAACCUCAAUGUUGCCAGGUUCAAACUUGCCAGAAUAUCCUUCUCCUUUAAAUCCUGCCUCUACCAGUUCUAUUAACUUUGUAUCUACUUCUUUACCACCUUUAACCUUACCAUCAACUCUUCCUCCUGCCUCAUCUGUUAAGCUAGCUCUUGAGACAUUACCGAAUGUUAUGCCAAACGAGACUCCUAUUUCUGCUCUUCCUACAGUAACACCAAGUGCUAGCUUGCCAUCAUUGUCUCAUUUGACCACUUCAAGUCCAGGUAUAAGUGCUAUUGUUCCACCAAUCUCUAACAAGUCCAAUGCAAUUUCUAAUCCAUCCUUGCUGUUUCAAACUAUGCCUCAACCAAUGUCCUCUGUUGUUGGGACAUCCAGUUCAAGUCACACAGAAUCACCGACACCUUCACUUAUAACCCCCGGUCAGUUGUUGCAGUCUGGACCAGCUGCAAUUUCUCCCUCUCAGGCUUCACAAAUGGCUCAUAAAGAUGUGGAGGUGGUUCAAGUGUCAUCAUCAUCAUCAGAACCAUCAGCACCGGUUAGAACAGAAGCUCAGCCACCGAUAUUGCCAUUACCACAACCUUCACGUGCCAGUCAAAAGCCGAAUGGACCUCCUUUUCAAACUCGCCACAGCUACAGGGGGCGUGAAAGGGGAAGAGGAACCUGGAGUUCACGUCCAGUGACAAAAUUUACAGAAGAUUUUGAUUUUAUCGCAAUGAAUGAAAAAUUCAAGAAGGAUGAAGUAUGGGGUCAUCUUGGCAAAAGUAACAGAUCUCAUUCAAAGGACAAAGAAGGGGAUGGAAAAGGAAGUGACGUAGAUGAUUCUCAAGAUGAAGAGGAUGCUGAAUCAUCAAAGGUUGAGAUGAAGCCUGUUUACAAUAAGGACGAUUUUUUUGAUUCCCUUUCUUGCAAUGCACUUGAUCAUGAAUCUAAUAAUGGUAGAACUAGGUUUUCUGAGCAAAUGAAGAUCGACACAGAGGUAGCUGAAUAUCCCGGGAUGGAGAACUUGAAAAUUGAUGUUCGUUAUUGCUGCUGGUUGGCUGGUGGCAUCUGUGUGGGCACCCUGAAUAGCCUCGUGGUUAUUGUUCGAUUGCUGCCUAAAGUCUGCUUGUACCACUUUUACGUCUGAUUGCUGUGUUUGCAGAAACCGAACAAUUGCUCUACUUUUUCAACUUGAAUACACUCAUUGGGGAUUCCAAUUGCUUAGUAUGUGAACUUGCACUUGGAUUCUGGUCUUGGGCUAGAAAAAUGUUGUCGUGGCGCGGUACUGCAAUGGUCAAUUCUGGAGAGGAAGAUGCAGGAACAUAGGACGGGAGCAAGUCGGGUCCUUUCGAAGCGACAAGGCAACCUGCAACCUGAAGCUUAUCUUUUUUGUUUGUCAUUCCCUUAGAUGCUACUAGAGUAAAGGGAAUUUUUUUUGGAACCACAGCUCUAGAACAAACUGAAUGUUUCACUCAAGACCAAGGGUCUCGGCCUCUAAUCAUGUCCGUUGAUGUUUUGGAACUAUUUUAUUCUUGACUCUAAAACUCUUUAUGGUGUGGAUACAAAAAUUGGAGUUGUCUUAAAAUCAAGAGCACACCCUUCUCUACCUUUUCUGCCAUCAACCAUCUUAUAUUAGAUGUAUAAUAUGGUACAAUUUUUUUUUA